AUGGACCCUCUCCGAUCAGCCCAUACCCCUCAGGCCCCCGCUCAGCCCUCGACUUUUUCCUCUUCAACCUCGACUCUCGCUCCUUCUUCCACCCUCAAUUCCACCAUCUCAAACCCUUCCAACCCAUUCAAUCCCCAUCUCUCCAAUUCGACUAUCCAGCCCGUCGUAGCAGCCCCCCUCUCCGUCUCCGCCUGCGCUGCCGAAUCCGUCAUGUCCCAGACACAACCUCUCGCCCAGGCCCUGGGCAACCCUUCGCACCCAGCCGGGAUACCACUCGCGCCUCAGGGACAUACUUCCGAAUCACUGCCACGAUCGGACGCGCCACCCGCCACCCAGCCCGCGGAUGUCUUUCCGCAGGAAGGAGGCAACGGGCUAGGUGGUCCGACGGCGACAGCCCCCUUCUUGCAGGACUUUAGUCUGGUCGCGGAGGCGGCGAAGCGCGCGCAGAUGUCUAUCGUAAUGCGAGAUCUCGAGAGUGUAACCCUAUAA